UCCACCAAGCAAUAUGCACCAGAAAACAGUGCUCCAAGAUGAAUGGAUGGUCGUCCCAAUCCACUGCUUCUGUUUCCUCUGGCCCUCGUCUGUCUCCGUUCGCCUUUGGGCCGAUUCUAUCCCAGCGCUUCCUUCCUUCUUCCGAUUGGUUUCUUUGCCUUGCCUUGCCUUGCCUUGCCCUGCUCCGCCUAUCGCCGACGCCUGCGGCGGACCGAGGCGGGGCGGAUGAGGAUGCUGUCGAUGAGCCAGGCCGCCUCGUCGUCGUCCGGGCCGGAUCCGCUCAGGAUAAAGUUGACCGAGAUGCAGUCCGACGGGGCCAGGCCGGUUUGCAGCCGCGCCGUGAAGAAGCCCUUCUUGCCCUCGAAGGAGUACUCGCCCUUCUCUAUCGUCUGCUGCCUUGCCUUGCCUUGCCCUGCUCCGCCUAUCGCUGACGCCUGCGGCGGACCGAGGCGGGGCGGAUGAGGAUGCUGUCGAUGAGCCAGGCCGCCUCGUCGUCGUCCGGGCCGGAUCCGCUCAGGAUAAAGUUGACCGAGAUGC